AUGUUAAUUAGCGAGACCCAAUUAGUCCAUGAGGAGACUGAACAAAUUUUGAAAAAGGUACUCGGUCUGAUUCUGGAUGAAGAGGAAGAAGUUGAGGAAGAUGAACCAGAGAGGUUCGAGGCUGAAGAUCUUCCGAAAGGUGUUAAAAUACCUGAUUUUAAGCCUAAUGAAAUUGUGUUGGAUAAUCAACCAAUGAACACACAAACUGAACCUGAGAUUAUCCAUGAUGAUGAUGAUGAUACCGGUAAUAAUGAUGAUGUUGGUGCUCCUGACAAUAGCUUAAGCGUGGAUAGGUUGAAAGAAGAUAGAGAAGAUGUUAAGCUUUUAACAGCUUGGUUCAGUCUCUAUGGCAUGCGAGUUAUGAUUGGGCUUGAAGAAAAGGGCAUCAGUUAUGAGUAUGUGGAGGAAAAUCUGCGGAAUAAGAGUCCCAUGUUGCUGCAAAUGAAUCCUUUACACAAGAAGAUACCUGUUCUCAUCCAUAACGGCAUGCCUAUUUCAGAAUAUCUCAUUAUUCUUCAGUACAUUGACCACGCUUGGAACUCUCCUCAAACUGCCUUUCUUCCCUCUCAUCAAUAUGACCGAGCUAUUGCACUCUUUUGGACAGAUUUUGUCGAAAAAAAGGUUUGUUUUCAUGGAUUGGAGAUAUUUAGAACCAAAGGAGAAGUACAAGAAGCAGCGAAAAAUGAAUUCCUACAGAAUUUAGCAAUAUUAGAGGGAGAGUUGAAAGGAAAAAAAUACUUUGGUGGAGAUAGGUUUGGAUUGGUGGAUAUAGUGUUUGUACCUAUUAUUUCAUGGUUUGAUGCAUUUGAGAGCUUGGGAAAGUUUACGAUUCAUUUGGAGGAUACAUUCUCAAAUAUUUCGACAUGGAAGAAGAGAUGUUUCGAAAGGGAAAGUGUAAAAAAGGCACUUCCUCCCCAUGAAAAAGUGUUGGCAAUUGCAACUGAAAUUAGAAAAAAUAUAUUAGGUGAGAUUUAG